AUGGAAGCAAUACAAAUUCCCCAAUAUGAAAGUGAAACAUCUGAUGCAGAAAUGGUCGAAGAAAACCAUGAAAUAAAUGAAAAAAUUAAUAAAAAAAGAAGAUUAAAAUAUUGGAUUAAAGAAGCUACCUAUGACAAUCCUAAUGAAGCAGAAACAUCAAUCGAAAAUCAAUGGUCUAAACAUUAUACAAAUUAUACUGAACAAGGUCGAAAGGUUUAUUAUCGUUGUAAACGAAUGAAACGUCGAGGUCCUCAAUGUAAUGUUAGCAUGUAUAUGUUAUAUCAUGCAGACUCUGAUAAAGUCACUUGUUACAAAACAGAAGGUGAACAUGAUCAUGAUGAUGAUGAUAAAACUUGUGGUAUUCAUGAAACAGUUAAAAGGGUUAUCGACGAAUUAUAUGUUGAUGGUGUUAUGAAGCCUAAACAAAUAAUCAGAGCUUUAGAAACAAGAAAAAUAAAAACACCAACGUACACACAACUGAACAAUUAUAUUAGUCAUUUAAAAACAAAGAUGUAUGGUUCAAAUACAAUAAGUUUAGCUGAUGAAAACAAAGCUUUUGUUGUAUCAUAUGAAAUCAUAUAUGAUACUGAAGAGUAUGAAGAUGAUGAAGACAUCGAAGAAGAUGAAGGUAAUAAAUUUCGGAUAUUCAUUUCGUCUCUUCGGUUACUGAAUAUUACAUCACAAUCAUCACAUAUACAUGCUGAUGCUACUUAUAAGUUAGUAUGGCAAGGCUUUCCAAUUUUAAUAUUUGGUACUACUGAUUUAAACAAAUCCUUUCAUCCAUUUGGUUUAGCGAUAUAUUCUAAUGAAAAAACAAAUGAUUUUGCAUUUAUUUUUAAAGGUAUUCAAAUUGGAAUGCAAAAGAUUAAUAAAGAUUUAUUAAAACCAAAAGCAUUAAUAUCUGAUGCUGCUGAUGCAAUUAAAAACGAAUUUAAAAAAGUAUUCGACAACUCAUAUGAUCAUAUAAUGUGCUGGGCACAUAUGAAGAGGAAUAUUAACAAUCGUGUAUGCCAAAUAAAUGAUAAACAUAUUGCAAAAGAAAUGAUAGAAGAUAUCGAAAUGCUUCAAUUAUCCAACUCAACACCUGUAUUUCAAUUAGCAUCAAAGUUAUUUGUGAAAAAAUGGAAAAUGAACAACAAACAAAAUAACCAAUCAAUAUUAGAUUUUUUAAAUUAUUUUGAUAAUGAAUGGCUUCAGUUAAAUUGUGGUUGGUACGAAGGUAUACAAAUGUAUGUACCAAGUACAAACAACGCUUUAGAAUCAACUAAUAGAACAAUUAAAGAUGAUGGAACAUUUAGAGAACGUCAUGUUUUAUCAAGAUUCUUGACAAUACCGUCAAAUAUUAUUAAUAAUUGGUCAAUUGAACGAGAUCCUUCUUCAACUAAUGCAAAAAUAUUUGCUACAGAACCGCCAAUAUCUUUAGAAUUAUGGACUUCAUCUUAUCAAUGGGCUAAAUCAACAAAAGAUAUAAUUUGUAUCUCCAACAAUUCUUCAAAAAUUUAUUAUAUACCAGCUCGUGAUUUACAAUCCAUUAAAGAAGCUGAUUUAACUAAAUACGAAAAUAAGAAAUGGACGACUUUCAAUCAAUUUAGAAAAUCAUUUGAUAUUUGGCGUAUGGAAAUGGAGAAUAAUGAAACUUGGAAAAAAUCAAAAUGUUACUGUCCAGCGUUUCUUAAGAAUUAUAUAUGCAAACACAUUGUUGGUAUGGCUAUUCGUUUAAAACAUUGCAAACCACCACCAGCAGCAAAAGCAGUACCAAUAGGUGAAAAAAGAAAACGCGGUAGACCAGCGAAAGCUAAGGCUGCUUUACUAAUACAAUAG